AAGAACUCACACGCGCUCAUUGUGGACUGCAACCAGAAAAAACGGCUCCCACUGCGAAAAACAGAAUGACAUCUUUAUAUUGGUAUUUUUGCCCAUUUCUCCUCAUUGACUUGGUGACCAUGACAUUGAGCACUGAGACAGUGCAGAAUGUAGCCAUUGAAAUCUUCAGUGAUAAAGCCAUUAUCCCUCCCAGGCCAGAGGCAUACAUACAUCAACACAGUCAUCACAGGAAGUACAGAGGUCAAAAGGAGAGGAUGGUAGUGGGUCAGCUUAGAAAGAGGCCUCACAUUACUGUGGUCCACACCCAAAAUGAAGGGCCAGAGCUGGAGGGUCUCAGUCCUGUCCGCUUAGAGAUGGAGCCAAAAGAUAAAAGACGAGUGAUGAGUCUGAGAAAGAGGACCUUCAUGGGGGUUGAUUCCUUAAUUCCAGAGCAAAUGAAUAGCUCUCCUGGUGCUGAGAUUCCAGAGAAGGUAAUGAGACAUCCCACUGGUCGCAAGAGACUACAUGAUAAAGAGCCUGUAUUCCUUGCAGCCACUAUUGCCUCCUUCAUAUCACCAGUAGCUGCUGCUGUCAGUGGGAAAUCCUUUACACAGCCAACCCCCACCAUUAAACCACAGGUCAGAAGUAAUUCAGCUGGGGAUGUGACGCCCACUUUAAAUAUGGCAUUCUUUGACUGGACUGAUUAUGGAGAUAUGAGGCCUACACACAAACAGCAAUCUUUUAAGAAGAGAGCUAAGUGUAAUCCAUGCUCUGACAUCCAGCCCACAAAGAGCACCAGCAGUGGAAAUGUGACACUUCCACCAGAUGAGAACUGCAAACAUCACUUGGAUUGUCUGCCAGGUUCCUGCUGCAAUCUCAGAAAUCAUGUAUGUGAGCUUCACAACCGUGGCCUCAAUAACAAGUGCUAUGACAGCUGCAUGUGUGAAGAAGGGCUUCGGUGUUAUGCUAAAUUACACAGGCAUAAACGCAUCACUCGCAAAAAAGGACAAUGUAUUGAUCCUGAGGGUGUAAAAUUAAACCAUGGCAUGUUCAUUAUUGUAUAAUUAAGGCAGAACAAUUUGUUAUAUUUUACUUGAUUUUAUUUUGCAUUGUGUUUGCAAAUUUGUACUAACAUUUUUUAUCCAUGUGUAUAUUUUAUCCAUGUGUAUAUUUUAUCCAUGUGUAUAUUUGUUUUAUGUAAACAGAUGAUGUACACUUGCAUGGCCAAUGAUUUCAGAUGAAUGAAGAUUGAGCUACAGUGUUAUUGUUAUACAGUAUGUGUGAUAUGAAGGUUAAGUUAUGGUGAUGUGUCUUUAUGGACUUUCAAAAUUUGUAACCAAUGUAUUGUAAAAUUAUUGCAUGCAGUACCGGUAAUUGCAUUUAAGUCUUCCACUAAUGCCUCUUUGUUUAUAACACUUAUGUAUUAAACAUUUGUUGCAUUGCUCUAUUGUUAUUAUCACAGUGGAACAUUAGCAUUAUGUAAAUAAGGGGACAUGAGCAUUAAGACAGUCAUUUAGAGAUAAUUUUUUGGCUUAAUCUAUGUCCCCAACCUCCAAGCAGAUGAGCAGCACUGGAGUGAACACACAAAGAAGAACACAUGGGAAAUCUCCAUCUCACAUUAUUAAACCAUUAAAUCUUCCUUUUGGCUCCAAUCUGAAAUGAGUCAACAGAGGUUUUGUGCUUAGCUGAAAUAAUGCUUUACAUCAUGCCCAUUCAGGACCAUUGGUUUGUUAUUAUAGGAGUAAUAUUGUGCCUCUGCAUCAGUGCUCUGCUCAUCUGACACUAGCAGAAUGUUGUUUAGUGUUCUGCUUUGACUGAGACUCAACAGUUUACAUCCCAUACAAUCCAUCUGUAGAUUUUAAAUUACAAUGAUACAAUCAAAUUACAAU